AUGGCACCAAGAUUGGCAUUCAUGGACCUUUCGGUCGAUCUGAAGACGUUGAUUGUUCAGCAUAUCAACCGCCCAACCGACCUCAAGAACGUCUGCCUCACCUGCAAACAACUCCACGAGAUCGCCGUCCGUCCACUCUACUACGAAGUAACCCUCGAUGUCGGUUCACCCAACGAUACGCGCCUCGCAGCCUUCCUCAACCCCAAGAAUAUCGGCCUACAACAUGUCCGGAAGCUGGACCUCUACCUCGCAGACGUCCUGGACAAAUGUAAUCAGCAGCAACAGGCCAACUUUGCAAUCCGUAUGAUCUUGGAACUGUUACCAGAGAACCAACUAGAAAAGUUCUCAUGGCAUCCGUGGUCGCCGUUCUCUGGAGACAACCUGGUGUUACUGUACAGGAAGCAGAAGCGGAUGCGGUGGCUAGAGAGUAUCUCGCUAGACCGCAAUGUUCUGCCCGAACUCCAGAAACUGCCGAAUAUCGACAAGUGCUUUCAGGAGGUACGGAAGCUUGGAUUAUACCCAGACUCGCGGGAGGUCCUGGACUUCUGUCACUUCUUGCUGAAGAACGUGGCUGGUCGCAAACUGGAGAAGAUUACGUUACACGCGAGCUUCGAUGAGAUGGACUCGUCUAUCACGAUGCGCGAGCUGAAUGAUACUGUCAAUGAACCGGGGCUCAUUACCUCAACCAUGUUCAGCCAUAUGCAGCCGUUCGCGAAGUGCACACCCAUCGCUCUCAACGAGAUUACGCUACAGAAACUCCAUCUACGCUAUGCAGCCGAAACAUACUGCAAGUUAAUCGACUUUCAGUCCAUCAAGAGCAUUCGCAUCUUCGGUUGUUCUGGCGCCGAUGCCCUCUUCGCUGAACUCAGCAAAAGUACAAAGCUCCCCGAUAAGCUAGAAACCCUCGAGUUCAAACAUGAUGACAACGCAGAAAACGACGGUCUAGGCGCCAUCGACGGUUUCCUCUGCCUCGUCUCAGGCAUCAAAACACUCACACUCGACCUCACAUAUGUCAAAGCCCUACCGGCCGCCGCGGGAAUCGCGCGCCACAGUAAGACACUGAAGAGCCUCAAUGUACAUGCUAGCACCGGCCCUGAUAUGUGCGACGAAGAACUCAUCUACGACUACGCCUCCUUCUCCCAAAUCUGCAAAGACUGCACCCUCCUCGAACAAAUCUCCGUGGCUUUCCCUAGUGUCAGCGUCAUCCGCAGUAAAAACGACAGCUUUAUCAACUUUGAGAAUUGUCUUGGUGAUCUAAAGGAUCUGGCUACGCUGAAUAUCACGACUUGGCCUACGAAUAGCCCGAGUUCGACAAAGUUGCCACGCAAGAUUUACGAACACUUGCUUGCUGGGUUGGCACAACAGGGCUUUGAGCGUAGUGCUGCGAAUGCGAAGGAGAAGGACAGGAGUUCCAAGUUGGGCAUCAUUGCAUUCGGCUCGAAUGACAAGGUGUACGAUCGUGAGGAUAGUCAGAACCAGAUCAUCUUCGUCAAGGGCCGUCAAAUCGACCCACUAGGCAACGAGACCUCGACGGCUGUGCAAAUCGGAUGGUGUCUAAGGAAGUUUAUCGAUGCGGGUUCUAAAUCGGAUAUCUUAGAUUUCUCGUUGAGCAGGAGCUCCAGGCCGCCGAGUAGGAGUGAGCCGGGGAGUGAUGAUAGUGAUCUCUGA